AUGAAAAAAAAGAUAGAAAAAAAAAACAGAAAAAAAGAUAAAAGAAAGACAAAAGAAAAAAUAGAAGAAAAAAUGAAAGAAAAGACAGAAGAAAAAAUAGAAGAAAAAACAGAAGAAAAAACAGAAGAAAAGACAAAAGAAAAGACAGAAAAAAAAACAGAAAAAAAAAAACAGAAAAAAAGACAAAAAAAGAUGAAAGAAAAAACAAAAGAAAAAUCUAAAAUAAACAAAAAAUUAAAGACAAAAAAAAAAUCAAAAAUGAAAAAAAAAAAUGCAAAAAAGAAAAAAAAAUGUAAAAAAAGAAAAAAAAAAGUAUGA